GUAAACGGAUGGCGAAAUUGUACUCUGACGUGAAACCACUCGUCCAGAAACCUGCAGCAAUAUGAUUACCAAAGAUCGCUCUGAAAUUACGUUGAGAUGAAAGCGUUAUCUAUAAAUUCAAAGUGCGGAAACAUUUUUAUCACAGCUAACGUAACUUCACUACGAAUCGCGACUCUUGAAAUGAAGUUAUUGUUAUGGACGGUGCUGCUGGCGUCUGCGCUAGCAUCAUCGCACGGCCGAAACUUCGGUCUCACCGACAAUGAAAGCAAAGCGAAUGGACCAGCUGCCGGAGCUGAGGAAAAUGCUAGUCUCGUCGCCAGUAAAGCAAAUAUCGACCAGAUAACUGCAGGCACGGAAAAGAAGGAAGCCAAAAAUACUAAUCAAGAAUCGGGCGGUGGCCACGAGCAUCAUGCGCAUCACCAUAAAGAAAAUGAAGAAAAGGGAGACAAGGGCUAUAAGUCCCAUCAUCAUCACGACAAGGGAGAACACGGUCACAAGGAGCAUCAUCACCACGAAGGUCAUCACGAUGAGCACGGAGGACACAAGAAGAAGCAUCAUGACGAGCACGAUCACCAUGGCGAACAUCACGAAGCUGCGCAUGGCCACAAAGGUGGCAAAUUCGGUCACAAGAAGGGUCAUAAGAAGGGUUCGAAGACCACAGGCUACCAUCACAAGUCUCAUAAAGACGAAUACCACAAGGAACAUAAGUUCUACGACGACUUCCAUAAGGGUGGACAUCAUCACAAGCACGGUGACUUCCAUGGCCAUCAUGACAAGAAAGACGGCCACCACAAGAAAGGCGGACAUCACGAAAAGGGACACCACGAAAAACAUCACGGUAAAAAGGGUCAACAUGACAAAGGACACUACGACGAAGACCAUAAGGGACACAAGGGACAUCACGGCCACGAGGAACACCACGCACACCACCACGAACACGGCAAAAAGGGAGGACACGCGGGCGGAAAAGAGCACGGAUACAGCCAUGGAAAGAAGGCUUAAUAAUCUAGUGUUAUUAUUAACUUGUUACGCGUUGAACCAAAUCAUUGUUUCUAAUAAAUGUUAGUCUUAUUGUAACAAUUAUGAUGUUUAUAAUUGUUUUUAUUAAAACUCCGAAAAUGAAUAAUGAGCCAAUU